CAAGCCUUUUGUCUCCCCCUAUCUUGAUCAUAAUUUCUUCAUAAUAAAGGAAACCUCCAGAUGUCGAUUAUCAAUUGUUAGUGUGACAAGUUUUGUUUCUUUUCGGCGUUCACUUUCGAUUGGUUUCGACCUGCGUUAUGUUUAUACAGUACUAAAGUAUACUAAGUAUUUCUCGAAUGUAUUCUGACGUUUGUAUAUCCGAUUUCGAUAGCGACAAUGACGACAUUGCAUGGUCAUUCCAACGACCUAGCAAUAAUGAUUAUUUGAAUGAAAGUAUCAGCACCGGUAGCAAUAGCAGCAGCACGUUUACAUAUGACUCGCGGUCUGAACGUGUACGCGAAUUCGGCGAAUUUGAAGAGAAUUAUGGUUGGAUCCAGUGUCGAUCUAAGAGCUAUCCUGAUCGUAUGUAUUAUCAUAAUACACAUAGCGGCUGCGGUACAUGGUACAGGCCCAUCUCGCGUUGUGUUGACAUCCCACUCGUCUCUAUCGAUGCUCCGUCGAAGGUUUGUCAUAUAGAUGAUACAACAGUGAACGAUUUGGAACUGAUGUCAGUAUCGGACCAUGAAAAAGAGUCAGAUGUAUCAGCCGUCAAGCACAAUGGUAAUGGAUCAUUAAUUGAAGCACCUGAUAUUAUUACGCGAUAUUAUUACACUCCUCAGGUAGACUUGACCUCCAACAUGGACAACAUAAAUGACUCAUACGAAUCAAUUAAUGCAUUGAACAAAUGUGGCAAUAAGAAAAAAAAAAUUGAUCUAAACAAGAACAAUAUUAGCAAUGAUAUUGAUGAUUCUGAAACAGAAGUAGAACUAUUGUGUGCCACAAAUUUCCUCGAGACUGAAUUUUUUGUGGAAGAGAGUGAAGUGCUUAUCAAGUCUCCUCCACGCAUAUCUGUUGCAUACGGCGUUCCAUGUGUGAAGAAACUGAACUUUGAGGAUCAAUUGAUCAAAAGGAGAACAUGCAUUUCCAAGGAUCAAGAAUCUGGGAAAAUCAUUUGCGAUAUGUAUGGUGUGAGAACUAUCAAUUACAAUCUAUCUGAACCAGAUCAGAAGCCGAACGAAGUAGGAAUAAAAUCAUCGAGAUUGAGCGAAAGUGACAGCGACACUAGUGAAUUGUCCUCGUCGUCGCAGCCCUUGAAAACAAUACGAUUAUUUGAAUCCGAAUGGCGCGAUAUAGAGAAAAACUUGCAUCAACCGUUAUUGAGUGAUCCAAGUUCCAGUCCGUCGUCACGGUCCGAUACAAGCAGCUCUAGUACAAGUCAAAGUACUAGCUCUGCUAGUUCGUGCUCUACCUGCUGCUCAUGCGACAAAGAAGCUUAAACAAAAUGUCAAAUAUUUGGUAGGCAAAUCUUAUCUAAUGAUUAGGUAAUUCUUUAUUUUAUACAAUAUUUACGUUUGUUUUUUUAUUUUUUUUUCC